AUGAAAGCGGCAAUUUUUUGGGCAAUUCUAAUUGUUUGCCCGAAUCUUGUGCAUCCUUCAGUGCUCUCCUCAUGUCCACUAUCCCAUAUCGAACCGGAUGAACAACCUGUAUGUACAGGUUCAGAAUCUGCAUGCAAAACUGAUUUCGAAGACGGACAAUGUCUGCAAACAGGAGUAUGUUUCUGGAGGGUUUUCGAUCGAGUGAUCUAAGAUUGCACUUACCUUAAUAAAAACCCCGUUCAUCACCCUAAUCAACAUAUUUGCAGGCUGCAGGUUUUCGUUGUUGUCCCGAAGAAGGCCGAGCCUCUGAUUUCAAAUCGAAUCAGAAAUGUAAUAGCUCAGUACCACUUCUUUGGGAUGGAUUAUAUUGUAAAAAGGGAUACGUGUACCACGUUGGCAUCAAACACUUGAAAGCCAACAAGGAUAGUUCCAAAGAUUGCAAACUCAAUUCGGAUUGUGGUGAAGGAAGUUAUUGUGUAGGUCAUGAGGUAGUUGAUGGUGAACUAGUAAGAAAAUGUUAUCUAAUUGAUGUAACCGAAGGACAAGUCAUUUUAUUUAUCAUAAUUGGUGUUGUAGUACUUGUGGUCAUUAUUGCGAUUAUUGCAAUUAUCAUUACUUGCUGUUGCUGUAAAAGAAAGAAAAAUGGAAACUGA